CUCACUUCCUAUCAGUUUACCCCAAAACCAACCCCCCCACUUUCACCCUCUCACUAACUUUAAAAAAACGGGAGUUAACGGGGGCUUCGUCAGUUGCUUAUAACAUCAGAAGGGUGUCAGUGGCAGUGAGUGCCUGUGAAGCAUUUUACCAAAUAAUAUACAUUCCUUGUAAGCAAUAGAGUACAAGAUGUUGUGGGAACCAUCAGGAUGCUGCUGUUUCAGCCUCAGGACUGGAAGUCUGGUGUUGGCCACCAUAGUAAUUGUAUCUGCGUCACUGAGCAUCAUAAAUGAGAUUGGUGUUCUCACUGUCGGGGAUAUAGAGAGCAACAUGAGAGAAGUUUGUGAAGAAGAAAAAAAGGAAGGAAAAGUUGAAGAGGAUGUGGAGGAUUGCAUUAAUUUUUUAACCCCAAUAGUGCUAGGAGUAUUGAUAACAAAGCUUGUGUUGGAUGCCAUACAAAUCACAAUUAGUGCCUUCUUGGUCUAUGGAAUCCUCAAGAACAAGACAAGAUUCAUGAUACCCUACAUGAUCAUGGUACUGAUUGGCAUCAUCAUAAUGUUGCUGGCUGCCUUGGUAGCGAUUGGCUUUUUCGCCUAUCUUGGCUUUUGGGUUGGUGUCUUCAUCUUUGCCCUUAUCUUCGGCCUGAUUAUUUUCCUUGAGACUUACUGCCUUCUGGUUGUACGUGCGCUUUUCCUCCAGCUGAAACGCCAGAAGGGACGCCACCACAUGAUCCUGACAGAGCAAGGGUAUAGCAGAGCCAAGACAGAGGAGACUGUAGAGUAUCAAUAAGCAAAAUACACUGAUAAAACCUGUCUAGAAACUGCAUGGAAGGCAUGUGGUUGUCUAGAUAGGGAUGCAUAUUCAUGACCAAAAUUCUCUGUUAUUUGUAAGAAUAACAUGUGAGGGGAAAGGUGCAAGGGUAGCUGGAAUUCAUAAGGUAGUCUAGAAUUUAUCUUUGAGAACAUAAUAAGUUUUGUUUAAGGAGAGUAAACAAAUAGAAUAUUGAUUUUUGAUAAUCAUAUUAGCUUGACAAUUUCUCAAUAAAUAUCUUGGACUUGGACAUAGUGGAGCAUGUCUGUGAUUUGUGCAACAUUUUGCAUCAUUUGCAUGACUGAAUUAUAUAUAAAGAAAAAGAAAACCAGAAUGCAUUAUUAGAAAAAAUGGUCACAGUUUUGUUUGCACUUUUUUAUCAUGACAUUACUUAAAUAUUUAAACAUAAGGUACAGUCACUCCUAGCUCAUGAACCUCGGUGAACCUAGGAAUUCAUAGGUCAGAGCCACAAGGGUUCAUGAGCUGCACAUAAAUUUUGGGAAAGUAAAAAAAAAAAAAAAAAAAAAAAAAAUACAAGA